AUGUACUACAUCUGGAUUGACGCCCUCUGUAUCAUCCAAGACGACGAAGAAGACUGGAAUCACGAAGCCGUUCGGAUGACUGAGAUUUAUCUCAAUUCUUAUCUUAACAUCUCUGCAGAUGCAUCCUGUGAUGGCGCUGGGGGCCUUUUUCGAUGGCGUAAUCCGAUAGCCUGUCAGUCUUUCAUCGUGCCCCACUGGAAAGGAGACUCACAGCGCUGCGCAUCCGUAUUCUAUACCGAUAGAUGGUUCCGGGAUAUCCAAUCCAGCCCACUUUCGAAACGAGCGUGGACAGUUCAAGAGAUGUUUUUGGCACCAAGGGUACUUCAUUUUGCAGCAGAGGAAGUGCACUGGGAAUGUAUGGAACUUUGUACUACAGAAAGUUUGCCAACUCUAUUCAACAUUAUUCCGGAUUCAGAUAGCAUCAUUCUCAAGUCGUCGUUAAGACACGAUCUACCGGAGCAAGAUAAAGCACGGGUGCUAUACGACGCCUGA